AAUGAUAAACCAUUGGAAUUUCAUGUCUCGUUCGUUGUGGUUGCUACAAGCUCUGAAUAGUCUGCCACUCAAGGAAAGUAUUCAAGAUGAUAUUCUUAUGGAAUCACAAUUGGACUAUGCAACUGACUUGUGUGUUGAGACAGAACCUUGUCCUGUUCCUCAGAUACUCCCUGUGAGUUUAAAAGGACAAGAAAAUAUGACCAUACAAAAUUGGGCUCAUAUAGAGUCCUGCAAACCAAAACAAUAUUUUGAACCGGAAACUGUUGAAGAUGUUGGAAGAGUCAUCGAACAUUGUCGCAAAAAUAACUGGAAACUGAGAGUAUUUGGAACAGGACAUUCCCCUAAUAAUAUAGCUAUGACGGAAGACUGCAUACUCAGUCUACGAAAGAUGAAUAGAAUCGAAAAUAUCGAUAAGGAACAGAAGACCGUCAUUGCACAAGGCGGAACAACUAUCAAGCAACUGAACCAGGAACUUGCCAAACAUCAAUUAGGACUGUCAAGUUUAGGCUCCAUAAGCGAACAAACUAUCGCUGGUGCUAUUUCUACAGGGACACAUGGAACAGGUAUUAACUUUGCGAUACUUGGUGCCAAUAUUGUUCAACUUGAAUUAUUUACUGCAACUGGAGAAAGAUUGCUAUGUUCCGAAACAGAACAACCUGAUAUCUUCAAGGCAGCUGUAUGUGGAUUAGGCUGUUUGGGAAUUAUUGUCAAAGUAAAGAUCCAAUGUGAGAAAGCAUUUCGUUUGUAUGCUAUUCAAGAACCGCUAUCUUUGGAUAAAGUGUUGGACAAUAUGGAUGAUUGGUUAAGGAGUGCAGAACAUUGGCGCUUUUGGUGGUUUCCACAUACAGAUAAGUGUGUGGUAUGGACAGCUAAUCGAACAGAAAGGCCUAAAACUCCUCAGCCUUCAUUUAUAUCUGCUUGGUUCAAAGAACGAUUGUUAGGCUAUCAUUCCUUAGAAGCCAUGUUAUAUUUAGCUACCUUUGCUCCUUCUUUAAUUCCUAUUAUCAAUAGAUUGUAUUUUCGCUUGUUAUUUGAUGAGAAAAAGGAGAAAGUAGAUCAAAGUGACAAAGUGUUCAAUUUUGAUUGUUUAUUUCGACAGUAUGUGGAUGAAUGGGCUAUUCCUCGAAGACAUACUGUGGAAGCUAUGAAAAGACUGCGAAAUCUCAUUGAAACUUCAGGAUUAUAUGUUCAUUUCCCUAUUGAAGUGCGUUUUACUAGUGCUGAUGAUAUUUGGUUGAGUCCAUCUUAUGGAAGAGAGUCAUGUUGGAUAGGAAUCAUUAUGUAUCGACCUUAUUCAAAAGAUGUGCCUUUUAAAUAUUAUUUUGAACAAUUUGAACAAAUUAUGCAAAGCUUGGAUGGAAGGCCACAUUGGGCUAAGCCACAUGGCUGUAACUCCAGUCAAUUUUCUAAAAUGUAUCCACGUUUCUUAGAAUUCAAGCAAAUUCGUGAAAGGUUGGAUCCUGAACACAUCUUUAGUAACCAGUAUAUCGAUAGAGUUUUGGAUGGAUGACAAGACAGAUAGCCAUUUCAA